AUGCUACUCGGAGACGAUGCGCGAGAAGUGAAGAUUGGCUGCAGCCGGGUCGGGGAGCUGCGGUACGAUGACGAGCCGACACAAUGGGAGUGGGAGACGGCGCGGUCUUUCGAGGUAGCUGCACUUCUGACGACGAUACCGACGAUGGGACGCGGGGCGGGAGGCUCGAAGAGAAAGAUGCAGACAGAAGAUGAGGGCAAUGAUGAAAGGGUGGGAAGAAGACGAGUGUGCCGGGUGCAAGGCGAAAGCGGGCGAAAGAGGAAAAAGGUUCGAGGCGUGGGAAAUGCAGCUCUGUCAACGAGGAAGGCAAGGUAG